CAUCGUCUUUAACUACAACCAUGAGUCUCACCGCUAAGGACAAGAAAAUGGUCAAGGCCUUCUGGGCCAAGGUGGCCAGCAAGGCUGAGGACAUCGGCUGUGAUGCUCUGUCUAGGAUGCUGGUUGUGUACCCCCAGACCAAGACCUACUUCUCCCACUGGAAGGACCUGAGCCCCGGCUCUGCCCCAGUCAGGAAGCACGGUGGGACCAUCAUGGGAGGCAUCAGUUUAGCGGUGGCCAGCAUCGACGACAUCAACGCAGGUCUCCUCUCCCUCAGCGAGCUGCAUGCCUUCCAGCUGCGUGUCGAUCCCGCCAACUUCAAGAUCCUGUCCCACAACAUCUUGGUGGUGCUGGCUGUCUUGUUCCCCAAUGAUUUCAACCCCGAGGUUCAUGUGGCCAUGGACAAGUUCCUGGCCGCGGUGGGCCGGGCUCUGUCUGAGAAGUACCGAUAAGAUGUGGACAGAAGGCAUCAGACCAGACGGAUUGCAGCAUUGAUCAGCACUGUGCUCAGCUCUGUAUUGUUCUAAAAUUUAAUUAAA